AUGGUGCAAGUACUCAUAUCCUUACCUACUACCAAGUCUGCCAUCUGCUUUUCUAUUGAAGGACAUGGAAACACAGCACAACAUAUUAAACAGCACAUUGCUGCAACAACAGGGCUUGAUGCUCGUCAUCAGAUGUUACGUACAAUCGAUGGCCAUAUUUUGGACAAUGAUGAAGCUUUACGGAUGGUCGAUCAAGAUUUUAUGUCUCUCCAACUUACUUGUCGUCUUUUAGGAGGCAAAGGUGGCUUUGGCUCCAUGCUUCGUGCUCAAGGUGGUCGAAUGAACGCACAAAAAACCACCAAUUAUGAAGCCUGUCGAGAUUUGCAGGGAAGACGCAUUAGAACAGUGAAUGAAGCCAAAAAGUAA